AUGGACGACACGGAUGUCGUUGUCACUUUCCAGACCUUCGUCGGCGUCUUUAGCGACUUUCUGAUAGUCGCCAUUCACACCAUCCUCUACGAGCGCGACAUCUACCCUCGCGAAUCCUUCCUGUCGGCAAAGAAGUACAAUUACAGCGUCCGUCAGUCUCGUCACCCCAAAGUCUGCCAAUGGAUCACCGAUGCUGUCGCUGCCGUUCAGACCGAGUUGCUGAAAGGCACUGUUGAUCGUGUCGCUGUUGUCAUCUACUCGCAGCAAGACAUACCCCUCGAGCGCUUCGUCUUUGACCUCAGCCGCUUCCCUUUCGUCCCCAAGGAAUACCACUUUACUCCCAUGUCACGUACCACCGACGAUGGAGAGACUGUUGCCGUCCUACCCAGAGUCGACUUGGAAGAGCAGAUGCGUGCAACAAUGAGCAGACUGUCGUCCUGUGGCUCCCGACUCAAAGCUCUACCCGAGAACUGUACAUUUACUGUCGCUAUAGAAUUGCGUGACAAUACAAGCCCUCCCAUCGGUCACCCUCAGCCUUGGAUUCCUGCUCAACCUGAUCUGCGCAACACCAAUCCUAAUACUGCAAAGAAAAACAGUCGCACUACACCUUUACGUGCCGUUUCUGCUGGAGAUAUGGUCUUUGAGACUUGGAUUGAAGAAGCAAAGGCAAAGCUCGAUCCCGCCUGA